GGUGCGGGAUCAAAUUUUUUACAGUCGUCAUUACCGCUACGUCUGUAUUUAAUGCUGUUCUCUUGUUUUUUGUUAGCAAAUGUAACAUCGUAUUUAUUUUAACAUUGUAUAUGCAUAUGUACUUAUGAGGGACUUUCUAUUUCACAUUGUAGAAUUGUAUUCCCAAAAUAUAUGUAUGAAAUUUUAUCGGUGCCCAAUAUUUUGCAAUACGCCGCGGUCCAACUGUGUACUUUGGACUCUGCUUUUGUUGACUUCAUUGUUUGGCCCACCAAUUUUUUGACAUUUAUAAAACAAACACGCAACGAAGUGGUCGUUAUAAAUUGGCACUGAAUUUAAUAGCAAAUUAUAGGUAACAUAUAAAAUGAUUAAUACAGGGAAAUUAGCUGGACGUACACUUUUUAUUACUGGUGCGUCGCGCGGAAUUGGCAAAGCCAUCGCACUAAAAGCGGCACGAGAUGGUGCAAACAUUAUUGUCGCUGCUAAAACAAGCACACCACAUCCCAAAUUGCCAGGUACAAUUUAUACAGCGGCUGAAGAAAUUGAAAAGGUCGGUGGUCGUGCACACCCCUGUGUUGUAGAUGUCCGCGACGAGCAGCAAGUACGUUCAGCUGUGCAGGAUGCUGUCUCGAAGUUCGGUGGUAUUGAUAUUCUCAUAAAUAAUGCAUCUGCUAUUUCACUUACUGGUACGCUGGAUACAGAUAUGAAGCGUUAUGAUCUUAUGCAUCAUAUUAACACACGUGGCACUUUCCUUGUAUCAAAGGAAUGUUUACCAUAUCUGACAAAGAGUAAUCAUGCACACAUAUUGAAUAUUUCCCCGCCUUUAAAUUUGAAUCCAAUCUGGUUUGCUCCACAUGUUGCCUACACUAUGGCUAAAUAUGGUAUGUCUAUGUGUGUGCUGGGUAUGGCAGAAGAAUUCCGCUCUGCCAAAGUGGCCGUAAACGCGUUGUGGCCGCGCACUGCUAUACACACGGCUGCCAUUGAAAUGUUGACUGGGCCAGAUAGUUUAAAUGUAUCGCGUAAAGUUGAUAUAAUGGCAGAUGCCGCAUAUGCAGUUUUGGUGCGUGAACCUACACAGUGUACGGGGCGUUUUCUUAUUGACGAUGAAGUCUUGACCGAAGCCGGCGUCACUGAUUUGAAACAAUAUGCCUGUAAUCCAGAAUAUGCUGAUAAAUUAAUGCCCGAUUUCUUUUUGGAUAUUCCCGAGAAUGAACUCAAUGCAAUUAAAAAAGAUAUUAAGCAAAGAAAAUCUGUUGGUGCAUCUUCUGGUCAAAUACCGGCAUUAUUUGGAAAGAUUGAAACAUUGCUUUCACCAGAAUUGGUGCAGAAAACGCAAGCCGUUUUCCAAUUCAAUAUUGUAGGAGAAGAAAAAGGUACAUGGCAUUUGGAUUUGAAAAAUGGAGCAGGCUCAUGUGGUAAUGGUGAACCAAAGGUUUUACCUGAUGCAACUUUAACAAUGAAAGCUAAUAACUUUCAUGAUAUGUUUUCGGGAAAAUUAAAGGCUGCAACUGCAUAUAUGACGGGCAAACUAAAAAUUUCCGGUGAUUUGAAUAAGGCAAUGAAACUGGAGAAGCUUAUGCGUUCACUCAAAUCAAAACUAUAGACUUUGGCAAUUGCUAUAACCUGAGGUUUGCUAGUGAUAAGUUGCAUUUUUUGUGUUAAAUAUAGGUUUAACUUAUUUUUUUAUAAAUAUUUUAUUUGUAAACAGUUGAUUUCCCAUUUACAUACAUACAUAUGUGUCCUUCAUACGAAGCUGUGGCCUUGAUAGGUCAGUCUUUUUCAAAAGUCUUUGUUGUAUUAUAUGAUUCACGGGAGCUUUGAAUAGAUAUUGCAAGUAUUUUUAAAUUAUAUAUAUUAAAUUGAUAAUUUGUUCAUAAUAAAUUAAAAUAAUAAUUAAUAAACUAAAAUUUUUUCAUGAAUGAAAUACCGUAAUUCACCACAUAAUUUGUUAAGUCUGUUAAGUUGAUCUGAGCAACAAGUUGCAUGCAAAAUUUUCCAUCGUUUUACAAUACUAUUUAUUUUGCUUCUUCUUCCAUAAGUUCAUUGUUAAUUCACAAUUAAUUGCCGCUAAAUUACAUGCAAACACAACUAAAACCACUGAGUUCGCAAAUUAUUUCUAGUAAUUUUAAACAUAAUUAAAAUGGAGGACGAAAGUUUACCUAACAGCUGCAACUUUCUAAAGGACCCAUUAUCAAUAAGCGAUCUUAUUGGUCCUGGCACAACAUUUGAGAUUAACACAAACUUUGAUGAAGGCUUCAGCAAUGAUAUAUUCGAUGAAUUGAAUUUGGGUUCCGAUGAGGAAGACGAUGAAAAGAUUGCCGUAGAUCUCUCAGCACUGGUUUCCCCUUGGACAAAAACAUUUGACGAACUGCGACAACAAAUGGUAAAGAUAAAUGAAUAUAUUUACAAAAAAAUUACACAGCCGGGGUUAGCAGAAAACGGUGAAGUGCCGUUAAAUGCGCGUGUUUGUAUACGUUAUAAUGCCUACUGGGAAGGUGAAGGGGCACCUUUUGAUUCAUCAUUUUUACGUGGCUCCUCAUAUCAUUUUUAUACCGGACGGAAUGAAGUAAUCGAAGGAUUAGAGGAAGCAGUGCGCACCAUGUAUCGUGGCGAACAGGCACAAUUCGUAAUUUCACAUCAUUUGCUCUUUCGUGAAAUUGGUUGCCCGCCACGCAUUAAACCAAGUGCCGAUGGACUCUUUAUUAUAGAAUUGGUUUCAUUCAAUCCCGUUGGUGAUUUAGAGGCAGAUCAAAACUUAACCGAUGAAGAAAGGGGCAAAUAUGCGACAGUAAUUGAAAAAAUACGUGAUGUUCAUCUCAAAGGUCUAGAUUUCUUCGGACAAGGCUUAUAUAAAAAUGCUUGUCGCGCCUUUGAGAAAGCAGUAAGUUUGUUGAACAGUUGCCAUUUGGCCAAUGAGCAAGAGGAAAAAGAGCAAACAACAUUUUUAUUGAAAUUAUACACAAAUUUAGCAGUUUGCUAUAAUAAAGUUAAUCUACCAACAAAAGCUUGUAUUAUGUGCAAAGAAAUACGCCAGUUGACGAACAAUAAACCCUCCUGUAAAGCAUUAUUUCAAGAAGGACGUGCAUUGCUGCUGCUAGGCGAGUAUGAACGCGCACGGCAUAUACUUAUACGCUCACAACGUAUCGAGCCACAAAACGAAGAUAUCAGCCGCGAGUUGAAAAUAUUGGAAGAACGUUAUGCAAGAUAUAAAGAAAACGAGCGCAGCAUUUGGACGAAGGCGAUGGGUAUAAUAAAGAAGAAUGACGACGGCAAACAAGGUGAUGCUAAUAGCGCCGAGACGCGUAGCAUUUUUGAACAAGAAAUGGCAGAACUAAUGCAAAGUUUCAAGGACAACAUGGAUUUGAAUAAUUUCAAUUUGCCACCUGGUUUAACUAAAACUGAAAUAAAAACUGUCGAUGAGCUAGCGCAGAACAUGGAGUUAAAACUAACGCUUUCACCGCUAGACAAUGCAACCUAUACGCUAAGCAAAGUGAAUAAAAAAUAAACUGGACUGCCAAAGAAGACCAAAAAUAUUGAACGAAAUUAUAGCAAAAGUAUUCGAUAUAUAUUUGUAUGUACAUAACAAUAUUAGUGCAUAAGAGCAGAGCGCUAAAUUUAUGUUUUCGUUUUUUACAUAAACCAAAAAAUUUCUAAAACAAUAAUAUGUUAAUACAACAAAAACUGAUUAGUAAAAAAAUCUGUUUUACUUUUUAUUUACUAGUUUUAAAAACUGUUCUGCAAUUACAUUAAAAAAAUACAUAUGAUAAGUUUGAAAAUACAUAGGUACCUACAUAUGCAUAAGCUUACCAAACAUAAAAGACAAAACGUGAAAUUUAAAAAAUCGAUUAAUAAAUGUUAGAGUAUGAAAAUUGCAUUGAAA